AUGAAGAAUAUAAUACUACUAAAGAAUCCAAGUAUACCUCAAGAUCCAUAUCAGAUCAAAUUUUCGACUGAAUAUAAUGCUAGAUUUAUUCCAUUAUUAACACAUACACAUAAAGAUAAAUCAAAUACUAUAUCAUAUUUAAUGAAUGAUGAAUUUAUCAAUAAUAUUCCAAUUUUUAUAAUAACUUCACAAAGAGCAGUUGAAAUGUUUAAUGAAUGUAUUGAAGAAAUAGAUAUUGAAAUAAGAGAGAAAAUUUAUUCAAAAUCUGGAUAUACUGUUGGACCAGCAACAUUUAAUAUUUUGAAAAAUUCAGGAUUUAAAGAUGUUAGAGGUGGUGAAAAAGCAGGUAAUGGAUCUAAAUUAGCUGAUUUAAUAAUUAAAGAAGUUGAUAUUAAUACUCCUAUUAUAUUUUUCACAGGUGAAAUUAGAAAAGAUAUUAUUCCCAAAAAAUUAAUUAAUUUUGGUUAUAAUUUAAAAGAAUUUAUCAUUUAUAAAACUCAAAAUCGUGAAGAUAUAGUGGAAAAUUUUAAUCAAGUUAAAUUACUUAAUCAAGGUUGGAUAGUUUUUUUCAGUCCUCAAGGUACUAAAGAAAUAGUUGAACAUUUACGUUCAUGUGAUGAUAGUAAUACUAAUUGGAAAAUUGCUUCAAUAGGUCCAACUACUGAAGAAUAUUUAUUAGAGUACGAUAUUAAACCUCAUGUAAUUGCUACAAAACCAGAACCGGAAUCAUUAUUUCAAUGUAUAUAUAAAUACGACAACAAAUAA